AUGGUCUUAACAGCUCAUUUUAUUGAUCAUAAUUGGAGAUUGCAAAAGCGAGUUAUCAAUUUUGUUUGUCUUCCACCUCCUCGCCGUGGUGUUGAGAUUGCUGAUGGUAUCUUUAAGUGUUUGAAGGAGUGGGGAAUUGAGAACAAGGUUUUUACUAUCUCUGUUGAUAAUGCUUCAAGCAAUGAUGUGGCAAUCAGGAUUCUUAAAGACACAUUUUCAAGAACUAAAAGGUUGCUUUAUGGAGGAAAGUUAUUUCAUGUUCGUUGUUGUGCACACAUUCUUAAUCUCAUGGUGCAAGAUGGUAUUUCUGAAAUUGAAGAAAUAAUUGAAGAUAUUCAUAAAAGUGUGAAGUUUAUUAAUCAAAGUGAAGCAAGAUUGAAGUCAUUUUCUGAUAUUGUGCAACAACUACAAUUGCCGGAGAGAAAACUUAUUCUUGAUUGCAAGACACGUUGGAAUUCAACAUUUGAAAUGCUAUCAGUUGCAAUGAAAUUUAAAGAUGUUUUUCCAAUGUUCAAAGAUCGGGAAAUCCUUUAUCAUUGUUGCCCAUGCCCCGAAGAUUGGGAAAAGGUGGAGAAAAUAUGUGAGAUUUUAGAAGUGUUCAAUGCCAUCACAAAAAUUAUUUCCGGUAGUGAUUAUCCAACUUCUAAUUUGUUUCUCAAUGAAGUCUAUCGGGUGAAAAUGUUGCUAGACAAAAGGGCGAAUGAUGAAAAUGACUUUAUUCGAGCAAUGAUUGGCAAAAUGAAGGCUAAAUUUGAUAAAUAUUGGGGGGAAAUGCAAUUUGCUCAUGUCCGUGGCCGCCGUCUUGGAUCCAAAAUGCAAAAUGAGGGUUGUUGA